UCAGCAGGUUGCACUGUGCAACCUCACCGCUAAAUGACACUAAAUCCUACACACUGUUCCUUUAUGUUAUCGUUUUGGUUUUAGGGCCAGCGGCUCCACUGGGUCGACUCGCCCUCCCCAUUCCCACUACGUUUCCAGACGCGACAGGAAGCUGUAUUCAGCAAGAGAGGCAAACCCACCGAGCUACCUGCUCAGCACCAACCUGCAGCCUGACAUAUUUAGCAACUAGCUGGAGUACACAGUGGCGAAUUUAGCAUUUCGAAGAUUAGCGAUGGCAAUCAAGAACCAGUUGCACUUGAAAACCGGUUCCAAAUUGUCCGAACCAUCGGAAUCACAUGCACUCCGAGUUUAUCAAUCCCUCUGACAGUCAGAUCCGGGCGGCCAUAUUGCUGCGCCCAAUAGUUGUGUAGGGCCCGGCAAAUUGUGCAAGGCCCCGCCUCCCCCUCUUGUCAAAGCAGAUGGCAAUGUUUACAACUUCGGUGGGAGGAUGAGGUGGAACUAACCAUCCCCUUGGUCGCGAAAAAAGAGGGGGGGAAACCCCCCCCCACCCACACCAAAACAAGACACCAUGAGAGUGAACUGCGGGAGCAGCAGCCAGACAUAUAGAGAACUGGACAGGACUGCAGACUCUGAGAGACGUCGAUAUGGAACUCUAUACUGGACUCCAGAGACUAACUAUCAUGAAUUGCAACCUGAGGGUGAUCCAGGCUCGAGCGUUCGCUCAGAACCCACACCUACGCUAUAUAAACUUGUCAAAGAAUCCUCUCACCACUCUGUCAUGGCAGCUCUUCCAGCACCUCCAAAUCUCCGAGCUGCGUCUGGAUGGUGUGGUGUUCGACUGCGGUUGUGAUAUCCGCUGGAUCCAGCUGUGGCAGCAGAGAGGAGAGGCCGGGCUCCACACGCAGCAGCUGUACUGCAGGAAUGGAGCCUCCAAGAUGCGUCUGCACAACAUGUACAUCCACAAUUGUGACUUACCAGAGAUCAGCGUGAGCCACAGCAGUGUGUUGGUGAUGGAGGGUGACAAUGUGACGGUGAGCUGCAAUGGAUCCGGAUCACCGCUGCCCGAAGUGGACUGGACUGUCAGCGGCCUGCACUCCAUCAACACACACCUGUCCAACGUGUACUGGCCCAAUAUCCACUCUAUCAACCUGACUCUUUUCAACAUCAGCCGAGAUGACAACAACUUCCAGCUGACCUGCAUUGCAGAGAACGUGGUGGGGAUGACCAACUCCUCCAUACAGCUCAACGUACAGUUUCCUCCAGUCAUCCUGAGACUGGCUGAGCCCGAGCAGCGCCUCCAUACAUGUAUCGAGUUCACAGUUCGUGGUUACCCCCACCCCAAGCUACGUUGGUUCCACAAGCAAAAGGAGAUUCUCCAGACCGAGUACAUCCGCACUGAGAUGGACUUCUACCAGGACUAUCUUGAGGGCUGUCUGACCUUCCAGAACCCAACGCACAUCAACAAUGGCAACUAUACUCUGGAGGCCAGCAACCCCCUGGGAACAGUCACCAAGACGGUGUAUGGUCACUUCCUCAUGGAGCCAGGCAUCAUUGACGAAGGCAUAGUGGAACUAGUUUCUCCGACGCCUACCGAUGGUUCAGGCCGAAAAGAUGAAGAUACAUUCGGGGUUUCCAUCGCUGUUGGUUUGGCUGGCUUCGCGUGCGUCCUCCUCCUUGUCCUUUUUGUUCUCAUCAACAAAUACGGCCGGCGCUCCAAAUUCGGUAUGAAAGGUCCAGUAGCUGUGAUCAGUGGUGAGGAAGACUCUGCCAGCCCUCUUCAUCAUGUUAACCAUGGGAUUAUUACCCCCUGUACUCUGGAUGCCGGUCCUGAUGCGGUUGUCAUAGGGAUGACUCGUAUUCCGGUGGUGGAGAAUCCUCAGUACUUCAGACAUGGGCACAAUUGCAACAAGCCAACCACCCUUGUCCAGCAUAUUAAGCGGAGAGACAUCAUCCUGAAGAGGGAGUUGGGUGAGGGAGCAUUCGGUAAAGUCUUCCUGGCAGAGUGUUAUAACCUGAGCCCCACCAAGGAUAAGAUGCUGGUGGCUGUCAAGACACUGAAAGAUCCCAAUCUGUCAGCAAGGAAGGACUUCCAGAGGGAGGCAGAGCUGCUGACUAACCUGCAGCACGACCACAUUGUUAAAUUCUAUGGAGUGUGUGUAGAUGGAGACCCUCUCAUCAUGGUGUUUGAAUACAUGAAGCAUGGAGACCUCAACAAAUUCCUCAGAGCCCACGGCCCAGACGCCAUGAUCCUGGUAGACGGCCAGCCACUGCAGUCCAACGGAGAGCUGGGCCUUUCCCAGAUGCUGCACAUAGCCACCCAGAUUGCCUCGGGCAUGGUCUACCUGGCCUCUCAGCACUUUGUCCACAGAGAUCUGGCAACCCGCAAUUGCCUGGUGGGCAACGGCCUGCUGGUCAAGAUUGGAGACUUCGGCAUGUCCAGGGACAUCUACAGCAGUGACUACUACAGGGUUGGAGGACAUACCAUGCUACCUAUUCGCUGGAUGCCCCCCGAGAGCAUAAUGUACAGGAAAUUCUCCACAGAAAGCGACAUCUGGAGCUUUGGAGUCAUCCUGUGGGAGAUCUUUACCUAUGGGAAGCAGCCCUGGUUUCAGCUGGGUAACAACGAGGUUAUUGAGUGCAUAACCCAGGGUCGGGUUCUGGAGAGGCCACGGAUUUGUCCUAAGGAGGUGUAUGACAUCAUGCUGGGCUGCUGGCAGAGGGAACCACAGCAGCGACUGAACAUUAAGGACAUUCAGAAGGUCCUUUUUGCCAUGGGAAAAGCCACGCCGGUCUACCUGGACAUCCUGGGCUAGCAGCAGCACUGGAUGGCCCGUUCCUCGCCAGACAGAUCGACAGAGACAUACAGACAGACCGACCCACACGAAUCGAGGAAUAACCAAACCAACCUGCUCCACUGUCGAAAAACAUCUACAAUGUUUGGGAAGGACUUAAGUGCCUGCAACACUUUUGGAUAUAGUGGAUAAAACAUAUUCAAAAAACACGCACUUUUACAUUUGUUUACUUGGUUAUAAGAUGUACAAGUUUGAAGAAAACUUUUUUUUCCCUCGAAAAACUGCAAAAAUACACAAAAAUGGAGAAGAAAAGGGAAGUAAUGUGGACUGCUAUAGGAAAAUGGCCACAGUUUGAUUAUAUUAUAGAGAGAACACAUCAGAGUUAAAAUCUAUCCUGGGUUUGGUUUUAUGAAUAUAUAUAGAAAUAUUACAUAUAUUUUAUAUUUAUUUCUUUUUGUGAGGGUGUUUGAGGGUCUGCCAUGUGUGUUGCUAAGGGCUCAGCCCUGUCUGAAGACGUCACCGACAAACUAUUGGCAGGGACUUGACGAUGGAAGCCUUACUUGCUCUCUGAUUGGCCGGCACUGAGAUUUUAAUGGGAACUCUGAUUCUGUGGAAUAACACUGGAUGGUUGGAAAAACAAGAGCACUCUGGGGAGGACCUACCCAAUCAGACAACUGACAAAUCUAUUUUAAUUUAAAAAUAAUGUACAUAUUGUAAAAUUCUAUGUGUCAAAAUUAUGUUAACUUAUUUUUUCGGACGUUAUUUUCGUUCCUUUUCCGACUGUGAUCUGGGUGGCUGAAGUUUAAAGCUAUGGCAUCUGUUUUCAUCCUUAUCUAGAGGAGAUUUCUCUUGGGAAUUACCUGUGUCAGUGCUGGUAAGUUGUCGUGUUGAAGGUGAAUGACAGUGAACACAGUUUGAAAAGCCCACUGACAUUGAAUCACAGACUCGGAGCAAUGGUUCAACACGACACUUUUCCAAAGAGUCGAUGAAACCUCAUAUUCACUCUCCAGUUCAUUUGCUUUUUAUGGUGAGUAUAAUGCGUUGAUAAGUAAUAUCUUACAGCGCUCCCCUCAAACACAUACACAAGUUAGAAACUGUUGUAUCAUUUUCAGGCUUUUAGGUGUAAAACUGCUUUUCCACUCUAAAGAAAACAUUUUUGUAACUGAGAGUAUAAAUCAUUUGUUAGGCACAGGUGUGUGUCAAACACACACAGGCUGAGAAAAUCAUUAACAUAAUGAAAUUGUUCGACAUUGUGGGAAAAUGCACUCAUUUACUUCCUUGCUGGGGGUUAGAUACGACUCUCAUAAUCUGUCAGCUAAUAACAAGCUAUAGCCACGAGACAGUUAGCUUAGCAUGAAGACUGGGGACGGGGGAAACAGCUAGCCUGGCUCUGUCCAAAGGGAACAGAAUCUGCCUACCAGCACCUCUAAAGCUCUAAAAUUAUCAUGUUUUGAAGAGCUGAAGUGAACGUCUGGACUCUGUUCCAGAGGAAAAUGUCUGUUCAAAUCCACAUUGACAUUUAUGAUGGGACAAAUAACAAAAAAAAACCCGCCUUUGAACAGAGCCUUACUCAGCAAUAUGCCAUUUGUUUCACUUUGUAUGUCUAGAUAAGGAUGGUAAAGAACAAAAAAAGUCUAAUUUCAUUGUUUUAAAUAUCUUUUAGCGCUAACUAAAAACACCAUUCCCUGUUAAACAUCAUGGCUCAACAAAAGAACGCUAGUGAAUAUUACUGAUAUGGAUAGAUGGAAGUUAUGAUAACACAAGUACCCAUGCUGAUUUGCUGGUAAAUUUUUAAUGGGAGCUGAAUUUUUUUGUACGCUAAUAAAAUAAUCAGUGUUUAACUUAAAAUCACAAAGGUUUCAACUUGUACUAGCAAACGCUGUGGUGGAUGGUGAUUGUCUUAGAAAAUGGAUAGUAAACCACAGGAACACGCUUCAUUUUUUCCAGAAAGACGGAUGAAAGAAAUGUUGAGUGAGAGACUGAAAUGAGUUAUAGAGGCAAAUGGAACAGAGGCUAGCCCAACAUGACGAGCUGGCCAGCCUCGGCUCUCUAUACUCUGUUUGUUUAAUCUACAAAAACCAAAGCGUAAAAAGAAACCAUGUCCCCACAAGCUGCCAGCCGACUUUCUCCCUAAACAAAUAACAUCUUAAUGAGAUUUAGAAUUGCUGGCAGGCUCAUUUUUUUACCGUUGGACAGAGCCACACUAGCUUAGUUUUUUGCUUGUUUUCAGUCUGUGUCCUAAGCUAAAGCUAAGCGGCUGCUGAAGCUUCAUACAGUAUUUACCGUACAGGCAUGAGAGCGAUAUCGUUCUUCUCUUCUCACUCUUGGCAAGUAAGCAAAUAACUGUGUUUUCCAUAAUGUUGAACUACUGCUUUCAAGAAUUCUAGGCGGAUACCAUCAGCAUCCUGCCACUUCACAAGCCAUGAAACGAGACACAGUGGAUUCCUCCCUCCCGUUUCAUUUGGAACAAAAAAAAUGAAAACAUUUCUUUUUUAUUAUACUGAUUUCUUUUUCAUCAACUGUACAUGACUCAAGGUCAUUCUUUUUUUCCUCGAACUCGUGGCCUUUGCAUGUUAAGCAAUGACGAGGUUUUACACCCGUCUAUUGCUUUGAUAAAAACCUCUUCUGUCACAACCGGAGAGGAGCCACUGAAGCAGGUAGCUACUUGUGUUAAUUUGUGGACGGUACAUCAAAAAUAAUAAUCACUGCAGUGGAUCAGCUAAAUGUGUGGUUCCAUAUUUACAGAAUUUACUGAACUGGAAAACAUGAAGAGUUUUAUUCCAAAAUGUGGCAUGAAGCAUGACCCCCAGAAAGCUUAACAGCAACAACAACAAAAAAAAGAAAGAAACUAAAACCAAAUAUUAUUUUUAAAGAAUAAUUCGUAAUUAAGUGCUCCGUUGACUAAAUGAGUUCAUUUUUAAAGAGGGGAUCGUGUAGAUUUCUCCAACGUGAAUGAAAAACCUCAGGCAACAUUUUUAUUUUAUGUUGUAUCUGGAUAUAUAACGUUUUGGAGCAGAACUCUUCACCUCUCUUCCUUAUUAUCUUGACAUGAAUUCUCACAGUAUCACAGUGUUGUCUCUGUUCCCCUUGGGACUAUGUAAAUCAUUAAUGACCAUUCAGUUAUUUCAAGUGUUUUAAAUGAAAGGCAAGAUCCAAUCCAAUGAGUUACCCAAAGCAUUCAGUUUUUGUGUAUUCUCUCGUGGUAAAGAUAAACGCUUAAAGACAUUAUGACACAGACUGUGAGCAUUUGCAGGGUAUUGUAAUCCUUUCAUGGUGCGUUCAAUAUUGUUUAAAAAGUUUUGUUUUGUUUUGUUUUUCUUUUCUUGGAUGAACUAACUGAACACUUUUUGAAGCAAAGUUGGCAUAUUACCAUGUACACAUGUUACAGAAUAUAAAAAUGUGGUAUAACAACUGCGGUAUAUAAAAUACUGGUAUUCCAUGAUAGAUCUUUGUAUUAAUGUGACUCUCUUAAGAAAAUGUCUUCAAACAAUCAGAUGAUCUCCUUUUCCAUUUUGUCCUGUCUGUUUGUCAUAAAGAUGUGUGAAUUUGACAAAAUCUUGUCUUCAUCUAAAUCUUUUAGAGAG